AUGCAAGCACCUCCGUCUCCACUUGACUUUUCUCGACCUAUCUCUACCUUGAUAUAUGGAAGUACGAAGACGAUCCAUGAUGAAAUAACCAGAAUGCCUUUUGCUGGCAAACUUACUCGUGGAGAGCUUCCCAAGGAAGAAUACGUAUUUUACGCGAUGGCCUUAUACCAGGUAUACAGUGCUCUAGAAAAAGGACUUGACGCACAUUCUACAAACGCGGUUCUUGCACCAACGUACCGUCCUGCGCUUCUACAUCGAGCAAGCCGGCUCUCUGAAGACAUUGCGUGCCUCUUAGACACAACCGUGGAUGAAUGGCCCUCGCACCCACUCUACCAAUCACUGCUGACCUCCCCUCCCGAGGGAAUUCGUGAUUAUGUAGCUUACCUUGAGAAGCUCGCAUCCUCAAAGGACUCGAUGAAUCACUCCAGGCUACUAGCUCACGGCUACGGGCGGUAUAUGGGCGACUUGAGUGGAGGACAAGUUGUAAAAACCAAAAUAUGCAAGGCGUACGACUUGCCUGAUAGUGGUGCUGGUGCGAGCUUCUAUGACUUUGGCGUGUUGCAUGGUGGAUCUGGUACAGAAGAAUACGCCUCCAAUGCUGAGUUGCUCAGGAUUAAAGCCUGGUACAGACAAGGAAUGAACGAGGGUGUAGGCAAUAAUAGACUACUGAAAGAAAUCAUGAUCCAAGAAGCCGUGACAGCUAUGAACUAUAAUAAGCGCCUCAUUGAGAGCGCUUCUGAAUAUACCCCCGUUGGUGGUGACCUCACUCCGGCCAAGAAGCCUCGACGGGCACAAGAAAGUUCAUUUGCAGUGCCUGGGCUUGUGGCCAUCACCACUACUAUUGCGCUUGCUCAUUUCGUUUUAGUCGUGGGUGGUUUCGGAACGAGGUCAUCUGGCGGACGAUUUGGACUUCAUUGCAUUGUCCCAUGGGUCAGAGGUAACCCAUAA